UCAUGUUACACCGUAGAUACAGAUUUUACCAGGCUUAUUCUUGUUUCUUCGCACCUGUUUUCAGCAUCGUCUGGCUUCUUGGACUAAAUUCUAACCCCGUUUUAAAUAUCAUAUAUAUUUUAUAUUAUACUCCAUCCUUUCAUUGCUACAAACCCUUAUCAAGGUCAUAUGCUGGAUGAUGAGCCACAUACAAAGGUUAAAAACCAUGAAGCGAUACAUCAACAAACCUCGAAAUCCACCACAAACCCUUCUAUUACUGUAUCGAUCGUAAAAUCUUUCCUGGCUGGUUCACUAAGUGGAACCUGCUCAGCUCUUCUCUUCCAACCAUUAGAUUUGGUGAAAACACGACUGCAAUCACCAGUCAAAGCUGGUGAAGGCCGUCUUGGUGUUCUAUCUGUGAUAACACAUGUACUGAAGCAGGACAAAGUCACUGGCUUAUGGAAAGGUCUUGCCCCUACUGUUACAAGAUGUGUGCCUGGCAUUGGUAUCUAUUUCUCACUGCUCCAUUCAUUUAAAACCUACCUGGGGUCUGAUACCCCAACAAUUAUCGAAUCUUUGUCAAUUGGUGCUGCUGCUCGUACCCUCACAGUAGCCAUCAUGCACCCAAUCAGUGUCCUAAAGACAAGGUAUGAGAGUGGUAUUUAUCAUUACAGAAGUGUUCCCGAUGGUUUAAGAAAGAUAUACGUUACUGAGGGCCUGCUUGGUUUAUACAGCGGUCUGGUCCCUACAUUGGCCCGAGACGUCCCAUUUUCAGCUCUUUACUUUGCAUUUUAUACCAAAACAAAAUUAUUUCUGUCCCCUGACAUUGUCAAUAAAUCUUAUCUACCUCUGCUACACUUCAACUGUGGAAUUCUUGCUGGUGUGCUGGCUUCAAUACUCACUCAACCAGCAGAUGUUGUUAAGACACUCAUGCAGCUACACCCCAAGACUUACCCAACUAUCCAAGAUGCUACACUUUAUAUAUAUCAGAAAGAAGGUUUGAUUGGGUUCCAAAGAGGUUUCGUCCCCCGUGCCUUACGCCGCUGCCUCAUGGCUGCUAUGGCUUGGACAGUAUAUGAACAUAUGAUGAAGAAAUUUGGCUUAGAAACUUGAUGAUUGACCAGCAGCCAAUUAUCUUUGAAUUUUCAAGUCAAAAUCUGAUGUGAGCAUUCAGUAAUAGACGUGUCCUUUUCAAGUCCUUUUUUCUUGAAACUCUGAACUCUGCACCAAACCCAAAGCUACAACAUUUUCCAAUUUGCGUGGAUCAGCUGAAUGGCAGUGAAUUGAGUGAGGAUUGUUGAUGUCCUACGUCGAGAUUCUCAAAGUCUGCACGAAAGAAAUUUGUCGUUAUCUAUAAAGAGCAAAAAAAGAAAUAAUAAAAAACUCCCCACAACAAAAUGGAAUAAAAUAUUUAUUUUAUUAUU